GCAGGGAAACGUCGAAAAGUCGCAACCGAGGAAAUAGGUCGACGGAAGAGGGAAGAAGAUAUCUUCUUAGUUUUAACACUCAUGAAGAAGGACGGGAAAGCCAAGUGAUCUCGUUAGGGCAUCUUUUCAUCUCUUGAUAUGGAUCUAAACCAGCCUGCAGAUGAAAAUUAUGCCAACCCAAAGACAUGCUUUUUUCAUGUGCUAUUCAAGGCUGGUGCAUUGGCGUUCUACAUUCUUUCAGCCCUCUUCUCUAAAAGCUUUGUCAUCAUUUUUGUGGUAACUGUUCUUCUUGCUGCUCUCGACUUUUGGGUAGUAAAGAAUGUCAGUGGGCGCAUAUUAGUUGGUUUGAGAUGGUGGAAUGAAAUAAAUGAUUUGGGAGAAAGCAUAUGGAAAUUCGAAUGCCUUGACCAAGAGUCAUUGUCCCGGAUGAACAAGAAGGAUUCAUGGCUCUUUUGGUGGACACUCUAUCUCACAGCAGUUGCAUGGAUCUUCCUUGGUAUAUUUUCACUCAUACGAUUCCAAGCAGAUUACGUCCUAGUUGUAGGAGUUUGUUUGAGCCUCAGCAUUGCAAAUAUUGUUGGAUUCACUAAAUGUCGCAAAGAUGCCAAGAAGCAGAUUCAAGCAUUUGCCUCCCAGACAAUUACAUCCCGUCUCUCGUCAACGAUCCAGUCGGCAUUUAGUGUUGUCUGAGAUGUUGAU